AUGCGCUGCAGCGUCCCUGUGCUGCUGCUUGCCCUGCUGCUCGUCAUCUGCUGCCCGGCAGGCGCGGUCCGCUUCCUGCUGAAGGACACGCAGCCGCUCUGCUUCGUGGAGGAGGUGGACGAAAACACUAAGAUCGUCUCUGGCGAGUACACCCGGGCUGCCGCUGCUAGUGACGUCCCCGCGCGGAUUGUCGUGACGGCGCCCGGUGGCAUCGAAGUGACGAGCACCGACCUGCUGGUCGGCACACACGCCUUUUCAGCACCGGUGGGGCGCGACAACGCUGGGCAGUAUCUGCUGUGCGUGCAGGUCACCGACAAGGGCUGGAAGACCGCCACGGAGUCGAACGCCAUCGCCGUUGACUUCAACGCCGACCAGUCGGCGAACGUCAUCCCCAGCACGGAUGGCCCCAUCGUGAAGAGGCAGAAGGUCGAUGGGCUGGAGGUGUUCACGUUCCGCGACUUCGGUGGCGAGCAAAAGGAUGUACUGCGGCCAGCCGACUACAUUAAGCGCGUUGAGGACGCGUUGACGACGCUGUCCACACUCGUCGCCGAAACCAGGGACGAGAUCGACCACCUCAUCAACCGCUUCACGCGUAUGCGGCGCACCUCGGAGAGCACCUACACACGCAUAUGGGCCUUUGGAAUCAUCACCGUGCUCGUCAUGGUAAUCGUCACGUGGCUGCAGUUCCGUUUCCUCAAGUCGGCUCUGCAGCACAAGAAACUGGUGUAG